UAAAGUUGUUGUUCUGCCAACAUGGCGGCGCCCAGAGUGACUCGCGGGGCUUCGUUCGUGCAAUGCUUUGGGGAAUGAGGCAGAAGCGAGCUGCAGGCCAGAGCCUGUGAGCAGGGUCUUCCCUCCUGAAGAAUGGCGUCAGCUUAUCAGAGGCUGAGUUUUUAUGCCUCUCCUCUGAAAAGGCAGCUCAUUUGUGGGCCACCUGUCAUCCAAUGGGAAAGAAGAAUAAUUCCAGGGUGUGCCAGAAGUAUUUACAGUGCUACAGGGAAGUGGACGAAGGAGUACACACUGCAGACAAGAAAGGAUGUUGAGAAGUGGUGGCAUCAACAGAUAAAAGAGCAGGCGUCCAGAAUUUCAGAAGAAGACAAAUCAAAGCCCAAAUUCUACGUGCUCUCCAUGUUCCCAUACCCUUCUGGCAAGCUGCACAUGGGCCAUGUACGAGUCUACACCCUCAGUGACACCAUUGCACGGUUCCAGAAAAUGAGAGGCAUGCAGGUUAUCAACCCCAUGGGAUGGGAUGCAUUUGGAUUGCCUGCCGAAAAUGCUGCCAUCGAGAGGAAUUUGCACCCAGAAAGCUGGACUCAAAGCAAUAUUAAAUACAUGAAGAAACAGCUUGACCGCCUCGGCCUGUGCUUCACCUGGGACAGGGAAAUCACUACCUGUUUGCCAGAUUACUACAAAUGGACUCAAUACCUGUUUAUCAAACUCUACGAAGCUGGUCUGGCCUAUCAAAGGGAGGCUUUGGUUAACUGGGAUCCAGUGGAUCAAACAGUGCUGGCCAAUGAGCAAGUGAAUGAAUAUGGCUGUUCAUGGCGUUCCGGAGCCAAGGUGGAGAAGAAAUACCUCCGACAGUGGUUCAUUAAGACAACUGCAUAUGCAAAGGCCAUGCAGGACGCGUUGGCAGACCUCCCAGAGUGGUACGGAAUAAAAGGCAUGCAGGCCCACUGGAUUGGAGACUGUGUAGGCUGCCACCUGGACUUCACAUUAAAGGUUGAUGGACAAGACACAGGAGAGAAACUGACAGCAUACACAGCCACCCCUGAGGCCAUUUAUGGCAUUUCUCAUGUGGCCAUUUCUCCUAACCACAGGCUUCUACAUGGCUGCAGUUCUCUGAAGAAAACCUUGCAGAAGGCAGUAGUCUCUGGCAGAGACUGCCUCACACCAGUGGUGGCUGUGAACAUCCUCACCCUGCAGGAGGUCCCCAUCGUUAUCACGGCCAAGGAUGACUUAGAAGGUUCUCUAGAUUCAAAAAUAGGAAUCCCCAGCACCAGCUCAGAAGACACCAGGAUAGCCCAAACCCUGGGCCUGCCCUACUCCAAUGUCAUUGAAAUUUCAUCAGAUGGCACAGAGAGACUGAGCAGAUCUGCUGAGUUCACAGGUAUGACCCGGCAGGAUGCCUUUCUAGUCCUGACUGAGAAAGCCCGUAGGAUGAGAGUGGGUGGAGACGUGACGAGUGAUAAACUGAAAGACUGGCUGAUCUCCAGGCAGCGCUACUGGGGCACACCGAUCCCCAUGGUCCACUGCCCAGCCUGUGGCCCAGUGCCUGUGCCGCUGGAAGACCUGCCUGUGACUUUGCCCAGCAUCACAUCUUUCACUGGCAGAGGAGGCUCCCCACUGGCCUCAGCUUUGGAGUGGGUGAACUGUCCCUGCCCAAGGUGCAAGAGAUCAGCUAGGAGAGAGACGGACACCAUGGACACCUUUGUGGACUCUGCGUGGUACUACUUCAGAUACACUGACCCUCACAACACUCAUAGUCCUUUCAGCCCAGCACUGGCAGACUUCUGGAUGCCUGUGGAUUUGUACAUCGGAGGAAAAGAGCAUGCUGUCAUGCACUUGUUCUAUGCAAGAUUUUUUAGUCAUUUUUGCCAUGAUCAAAAGAUGGUAAAGCACAGGGAGCCUUUCCAUAAACUGCUAGCCCAAGGCCUCAUCAAGGGACAGACAUUCCGCCUUCCAUCUGGACUGUGUCUGCAGAGGGAGGAUAUAGACUUCACAGGUCCUGCUCCUGUUUGUGCAAAAACAAAAGAGAAGUUAGAGGUGACAUGGGAGAAGAUGAGCAAGUCCAAACACAAUGGGGUAGACCCUGAGGAGAUUGUGGCACAGUAUGGGAUUGACACAAUCCGGCUCUACAUCCUCUUUGCAGCCCCUCCUGAGAAGGACAUCUUGUGGGAUGUAAAGACUGAUGCACUUCCUGGAGUGCUGAGAUGGCAACAGCGGCUGUGGUCCCUGACAACACGAUUCAUCGAGGCAAGGACUUCCGGGUCAGUCCCCCAACCUCAGCUAUUGAACAACAAGGAGAAAACCAAAGCCCAAAGCCUCUGGGAGUACAAAAACUCAGUCAUAACUCAGGUAACCACCCAUUUCACAGAGGACUUUGCUUUGAAUUCUGCAGUUUCUCAGCUGAUGGGACUCAGCAGUGCCCUCUUGCAAGCCUCUCAGAGAGUGGUUCUCCACAGCCCUGAGUUUGAGGAUGCUCUGUGUGCCCUGCUGGUGAUGGCUGCCCCCAUGGCUCCUCACAUAACCUCAGAACUCUGGGCAGGCCUGGCGCUAGUACCAAGCAAGCUCUGUGACCGUUAUGCCUGGGAUAUUGGUGUGCUGCUUCAGGCCUGGCCCACUGUGGACUCACAGUUCCUUCAGCCGCCGGAUAUGGUGCAGAUGGCCGUUCUGAUCAACAACAAGGCCUGUGGCAAGAUCUCUGUGCCCCAGCAAGUUGCUCUGGACCAGGACAAAGUCCAUGAACUUGUUCUCAAGAGUGAGCUGGGCAUCAGGCUACUGCAGGGGAGAAGCAUCAAGAAGGCCUUCCUCUCCCCCAGGACUGCCCUCAUCAAUUUCCUGGUGCAGGAGUGACCAGGGCUGCAAGGACCCUCCUUUUCUGCCCAGAUCAAGGAAAGGAAUGUUAGCUUAAGAAAAGAGAAAAGAUAAACAUCAGGGGCAUUGGUCUCUGUGCCAGGACAGACUGAAAUCAGCAGGGGCCCGUGUCCUGAGGCCUGAACUUGGAUGAGAAUGGAUGUGGACAAAGAGGAAUGAGGGGAGAAAAUUCAUUUCGUUAUCCCAUGACCCUCCACUCCCACUCAGGGUGUGAAGCUACCAGAGAUGCUGCUGGGUGGGGGCAAGGAGAAAAGCAAGGCUGGCAGGCAGCCGGGAGCUUUUGCACCUACCUCAGGUACUGUCGAGUACCUCUCAAGGAGUCAUGUAGACUAGAGGAGCCAUUUAAGAGCCUCACAAAGGUCAGGUGUACAGAUGGUGCUGGCUGGGCUUUUGACUGUCAGGAUAGUAAAAACCCUUCAAUAUAUGCUCAGUGUCUCACUUGUAGAACUGGACAUGGACACUGGCACCUCUGCAAAUUGUUCUGCAUAUGUCUCCAGCACCUUUCAGCUGUGUCACACAGGUGUCUUCCACUCCAGCUGGAUGGCCUAUUCUGAGAUUGAUGUACGUGCUCUGGGAUAGGACUCCACUUCAGAGCCUGAACAAAAGGACUGUGUUAUUGCCAUUGUUUCGGUGUGUAGAGUGUGCUCUGUGGUGAGUGAAACUGUUCUGAGCCCCACCAGAGCCCCAUCACAGACCAGCAGGGGUUUGAACCCCAGAUGGCUCACAUGGGCCUCAGAUAGUGAUACCACUUGUCAUCAGUUUGGCCCCAAGAGUGUCACCAGCAAAAGCAAAGUUCCUCAGAGAGGAGUAGAAUUGUUGCUUGCUGGGUGUUAACCUACUGUGUCCAAGCUGCUAUGAUUUAGCUGGAGACAGCCAGGAGUGGAGCCAGCUCACCAGUAAAUUAGACAAAGCUGAUUUUAUGAGAGUCAUUAGUAAAGUGCUCUUACAGACGUGGCCUGAGCAAGGACUUAAUACUUAGUUGUGGGGAGGAAAGAAGAACCUAGCCAUGUUAGGAUGCUGAAGCUCUGUAUCUGUAAUCUGAUGUCACCCAGAGGUAGCUGUCAUUGUUUCCUACCAUUCAGAUGCCUUUUAGUGUCGUAAACGUAUAUUACUUUGAGA